AUGAUCUCCUUCAUCACAGGAAAUAAAAACAAAUUCGCCGAGGCAGAGGCCAUCCUCGGCCUCCCCCUCGUCCAGCAGCCUCUCGAUCUGGAAGAGAUCCAGGGCUCGCUCGAAGAGAUCGCCAAGCACAAAUGCAUUCUCGCUGCUGAACUGACAAACGGUCCUGUUCUGGUGGAAGACAGUGCUCUGGAAUUCACUGCGUGGGGGACUCUCCCAGGCCCAUACAUUAAAUGGUUCUACAAUUCUCUCGGCAAUGAAGGGCUCUGUACCGCUCUCAAAGGCUUUCAAGACCACUCCGCCACCUCGGUCUGCACGUACGCUUAUUCUCGUGGGCCGGGCAGUGAGCCCAUUCUCUUCCAGGGACGGGUCAAGGGGACGAUCGUUUCCCCGCGGGGGAAGAAUGGAUUCGCGUUUGAUCCUAUUUUCGAGGUGGACGGCCAGACGUAUGCGGAGAUGGAGCCUGAUGUCAAGAAUGCUCUUUCCGAGCGGUACCUUGCUCUGAUGGAGUUCAAAAGGUGGAUUACAAAGGUAUGA